GUUAACAGUUCAUUAGCACUAUAGGCGGAGAUCUGGGGCUACGUUAGCGUGCCAUACUACAAUGUCACCGAUAAAACAACUCUCUAUCGUUUACGAUCCGGUUAAUAACAGUAACACAUUCACAAACGGCGAUGUUAUUAAUGGUCGAGUCAGUUUCGAAGUGACUAAAGAAGUUACGAUUGGAAGCCUUUACAUAAAGUGUAAAGGUGAAGCAAAAGUGAGCUGGAGCGAGCGGCGGAAUGACCGACACCGUACUUACAGCGCUAAUGAAAGAUACUUUAAACUCAAACAGUAUUUUAUUAAGGACCCUUCAAAGAAAGGAACUGAAGAUCCCGGUGUGAUAUUAACAAGUGGAGAGAUCUACAGCAAUGUGGUUAAGCCCGGAAACCAUGUUUAUCCAUUUAGCUUUCAACUGCCCCAUGGAAAUUUUCCAGCAUCUUUUGACGGCUGUCAUGGCUCAGUAAAGUACAUUCUCGAAGUCACAGUGGACCGUUCAUGGAAAAUGGGCCGCACUGAAAAAAAAGAAAUUCUCUUUGUGCCAAGGUCUAGUGGUGUCAAUUUAAUGAGCCCACAGAGUGGAUCUGUCAACAAAAAGAUGAAACUUUUCUCCUCUGGAAGCACUUCAGUGAAUGCAACAAUUGACAAAAUGGGCUAUAUGCAAGGUGAGGUCAUGAAAGUAACCAGUGACAUCAAUAACUCCUCUUCCCGCGAUCUCAAACUGAAGUACAGUCUUGAGCAAAUACAGUCCUUCUUUUCACAGAGUCACUCCAACCAUUCCUACCGUACCAUUUUUAAAAUCGUUGGUGAUCCCAUCCCAUCUGGAUCAAAACAAACAGUCAACAAAGACCUGACGCUUCCAGCCAAUCUGAAUUUGAGCAUUAUGCACUGUAGGAUUAUGAAAGUGGAGUACAUAUUUAAGGUCUAUUUGGAUGUGCCUUAUGCAAGUGAUCCUGAGAUCAAAUUCCCAGUGACCAUUCUUCCUGCAGGUUAUAUUUUUUCUCCAGGGCAAAACCAGCCAGCUUAUCAGCCCUAUGGAAACCCAGGUGCACCAGGAUGGAACCAACCCCCACCCCAGCCUGGAUUUGGGCCCAGACCCCCAGGCACUAAUUUUGCCCAAGCCCCAGGGUUUUACCCAGGUCCCUACCCUUUACCUGUGUGUCCAAAUCCACCAGCUCCUCCUCCUUCCUAUACAGACCUCUAUCCAAAUCCAAAUUCAGCAGCCUCAGACUUCAAUUCUGUUCCAUCAGCUCCACACUUUAAUCCUAAGCAUGCUCCUAUGGGUUAUCCAAAUCCAGUACCGAGUGCCUCGCAGUUCGGUCCAGGGCCUGCUGUCCCGGGCUAUGUUCCAGCAGGAGCUCCCUCAGGAUUCUGGCCAAAUCCAACCACACAACCAGAAUCUUAUCCAACUAAAUCCCCUGAGAAACAUGAAUAAUCUGAAAGGUAGAGGAU